AUGCACGGCGUCAAACGACAACCCAAAUCAGCAACCACCUCCGAAGCCAAAGCAGCACGCAAAGCCAAAGAAUCCUCCAAACUCGCCGCAUACCUCGAAAUCGAACGCACCUUCUUCACCCACAAAUCCUCCUCACGCAAAGACCAAACCGCGCUCGAACACACGACGAAACUCCUAACCCUUAACCCGGAGCUAUAUACCGUUUGGAACUAUCGUCGUGAAAUCCUCCUUUCCCUUUUCGCGUCUCCCAUCGAACAGGCAGCAGAGGGGCAGAAGGAGGAUGUGUUUGCGAGUCUACGCGAACCAACACAGCACACCGAAGGAGGAGAAAAGAAGGUGGAUGCAGUGGAGGAAGAAGAGAAAAAACAUCGCAACAGGAACCUACUCGAAGACGACUUAACUUUGACAGAACACGCAUUGCGAGCCCACCCAAAAGUGUAUUGGAUUUGGAAUCAUCGAAUGUGGUGCUUGACCCAAUAUCCACCACCGCCAGCAGAGGGAGGAGGGGAAGGAUGGGUUUGGGAAAGGGAGUUGAAGUUGGUCGAGAAGAUGCUUGAUUAUGAUCCGAGGAAUUUUCAUGGUUGGAAUGGUAGACGGGCUAUAGUGCAGCAUUUGGCGCUUUCGAUUCUCUCUUCCCAUUCCAGUACUUCUUGGUCAGUGGUAGCAUCGCAGCUUUCUUUCCCAUCCCUACUCAGCCGCCCUGAAAUCGUGGGAGAAGAAGGAGGGACGAAGGAGAUCUUAUUGAAAUUGGCGGAGAGAGAGUUGAGCUAUGCACUACGCAAGAUCGAGAGCAACUUUAGCAACUUUUCCGCUUGGCAUCAGCGCACCCAACUUCUCCCGCACGUUUGGGCAGCAAAGAAUUUAGGCGUGAAGGAGGUGGAUGCAAAAUUGGAUGCAGAGUUUGAGUUGGUCAAACAGGCGAUCUAUACAGAUCCAAGUGAUCAAAGCGUUUGGUUCUAUCAUCGUUGGCUCCUAGACCUCCUCCUCUCGCCACCCUCGCCUGCAGAGGAGAAGGAGGAGGAGAAGGAAGGGAGAAAAGAAAGAAGGGCGAAAGUGAUAAAAGAAGAGAUUGGAGUGAUAGAAGAACUGCUUGAGUUGGAACCGGAGAGCAAGUGGUGUGCUGUCUCGCUUGCUCAUUUGUAUACGAUUCUGGCGGGGUUGGAAGGGAAGGAGGGGGGAGAGAAGGAGGGGGGAUGGAAAGGAAAAGCAAAGGGAUUAUUGGAAAGGUUGAUGGAGUUGGAUCCUGAUCGUGAGGCUCGGUAUAGGGAUUUAUUGGAUGGUAAAGCUCAUUUCUAG